CGCAUCCUCCCAGCCUGAAACUUGAUGCAGUGGGAGAGGCUGAUCGCGAGAUUAAUUGGGCGUUCUCAAAAACCCGACGGCGGGGGGAAAGCCAUAGGAGUGCUGCCUGCCUCCCUGCUCUGCUCAGUCCUCUGCCGAGCCAGCGGCGCCUGGAGCCAGCGGAUCCAUGGUGCCCACGGCUCUCGGGGCGCUCCUGGCCCUGCUGCCGCUGGCCUCGACGCUACAAAGCCCAGGUGCCCAGCGCGGGGGCUGGAUGCCGGAGCCGUCCGAGCCCGCCCUGCGCCGCCUGUCCCGCCACCUCCUGGCUCACUACCAGAAGGGCACCCGGCCUGUGCGGGACUGGCGAACGACCACGAACGUGGCCAUCGACCUCAUGGUCUACGCUAUCCUCAGUGUGGAUGAGAAGAACCAGGUGCUGACCACUUACAUCUGGUACAGGCAGCACUGGACAGAUGAAUUCCUCAAGUGGGAUCCAGCUCAUUUCGACAACCUGACGCAGAUCUCCCUCCCCGUAGAGAGCAUCUGGGUGCCCGACAUCCUCAUCAAUGAGUUUGUGGAUGUUGGAAAGUCCCCACACGUCCCCUAUGUUUACGUCAGCCAUCACGGGGAAGUGCAGAACCUCAAACCCAUCCAGGUGAUGACCGCCUGCAGCCUGGACAUCUACAACUUCCCCUUUGACGUCCAGAACUGCUCUCUCACCUUCACCAGUUGGCUGCACCACAUUCGUGAUAUCAACCUCUCGCUGUGGCGUCAGCCGGAGCUUGUCAAGUUCGACCGAAGCGUCUUCAUGAACCAGGGCGAGUGGGAGCUGCUCUACGUCCUCAGCCGCUUCCAGGAGUUCAGUGUCAAGAGCAGUGACAGCUACGCUGAGAUGAAGUUCUAUGUAGUCAUCCGGAGACGCCCCCUCUUCUACACCGUCAGCCUGCUGCUCCCCAGCAUCUUUCUGAUGGUUAUGGACAUUGUGGGAUUCUACCUACCUCCCCACAGUGGUGAGAGGGUCUCCUUCAAGAUCACUCUCCUGCUGGGCUACUCAGUUUUCCUCAUUAUUGUAUCCGACACAUUGCCAGCUACUGCUGUUGGCACCCCGUUGAUAGGUGUCUACUUUGUGGUGUGCAUGGCACUGCUUGUCAUCAGCCUGACAGAGACCAUCCUGAUUGUGCGCCUGGUGCACAAGCAAGACCUGCAACCCCACGUCCCUGAGUGGCUGAAACAUCUGCUGCUGGAAAGAGCCACUAUCCUGCUCUGUAUCCGGGACAGGAAUAAAUUCAGCCAAAGCAGGAUGCAAAGCUUGGACACCUGCAGGCAGGUGGAGAACAAUGACAGCACAGCCAAGCUGACCCCUUAUGUCUGUGAGGACCCUCGGGAGUGCGGGGCAGUGGGGGGCACGAGGUCUGCACUGGCCUUUGCUGGCCGGAUGGAGGGCUCAGCAGCACUACAGGACGUCCUGCGUGAGACCACAGCUAUCCGCCAGCUCCUGGAAAAACGGGAGGAAUUCCGCGACGUUGCGCGUGAGUGGCUGCAAGUGGGCUACGUGUUGGAUGUCCUGCUGUUCCGGGUGUACUUGGCAGCCGUCCUGGCUUACAGCAUCACACUGGGCACCCUCUGGUCGGUGUGGAGGGAUGCCUGAGCAGUGCCCAUUGUUCAGGGCGGGAGACGGGGGAACCCGCUCUGGCGGGUUCUCCCUGGCUCUGGGAUUCGCCAGUGUCUGUCGAUCCAGGCGGGCGCAUCCCUCACGUCCCUCAGCUCCGCAGCGGGAAGGCGGAGCUGAGCAGGAGCCCCCAGGACCCCACGACCCUGCCCAAACGUCUCUACAUGCUUCCCCUGCCAACCCCCGGAGCGCCCCGCACACCCCGGCCACGGCCGCGGCUUCAGCACCGCGGACAGCGGCCCCGCCGCCCGGCCCAGCCGCCUCCCGACCCGGGGUCCCCCGGAAUCGGGUGGGGUCUCCCCUGCAUCGAGGGAUCCCCACCGCCCCAGGGGCCCCGCUGUUCUCGGCUCCCCUGCCCCACACCCCGGCUGCCGCCUUUAUUCCCUACCCCGGGCCCCCAGGCACGCUUGCCCAGCAGAACCCCACCAUGCUUGUGCUCAGCAGUUUUAGCAAAGUGAGAGACCCAGUGUCCGGCCGCGGCCAAACCGGGAUGGCAACGGGACUGACUCCGUGAGCACCGGUACUGGGAGAGAUGCGCGGGGGCAGCACUGCCAUCACAGCUGCAGUAGGUCCCCAGCUCCUGCUGCCGAUCUGCCCCUGCCAGGACAGAGGCACAAGGCGAAGAGGAAAGUGCUGCAGAUGCCAUAAGGGCUCAUCUCAUGCUCUAGGAGCAUGUCUGCAUGUGGGCCUGCAGGUGGCGGGGGACAGGUGGGUUGACACCACCUGGCUCUCAUACAUCUGCUGUCAAACCCACCAGCCCCAGAGCAAGACUCCCACUCACCAUCCCAGAGCCAUCACCUGCAGGAAAACUUACCUCUGAGUGACGGGGGCUGAGAACGGGUGGAGUGGGCUCCUGCCAGCGCCGGCCUGCACUAAUGCGCUGAUGGUCUGUAAGUGGCUGCCUAUUGAUGAGGUGUCCAGUUAAAGAGUUCGUGAGACACUAAAUCAGCCCAUUGAUCCUGCUGAGAUCGAUGGUGCUACAGACCUGAUCAGUGCAGCGGGCAAUUAACACCCUCUGGAAUGAGCUGCCUUCGUGUAACAUCAAACGCUCCAACAGACAAAUCCAAUGGGGCCAUUGACCCGGGUGUGUGAUGCCACCCAGCCCAUGUGUUUGACGAGGGUACUGGGCAGCAAGACUCCUGAGCCAUUCCUCUCCUGCCCACCGUGACCCCAGUGUCCCCCAGGGCUGCACUGCAAGGUGCUCAGUUGUGCUGCCAUAUCCCAUGGAAUGUUUUGGUCCUUGUUGUCCUCCCUGUGCUAGGAAGCCACCAUGCUCCCAACCUAACCCCCUCAAGCAGCUCAGCCCCUCCUGGAAGGACAGGCUGCCCAUGCUGGAGGAGAGAUAGAUUCUGCCUUUGCCCUCUUGCUACUUUGGGAAGUGCUGCAUGUGGGAAAAAGUUUCAGGCAUCUCUCUGAGAAAAGCCUGCAUUUUCCUCUUAAAAAAAAAAAAAUCAAUAAAUCUGAAUCUAAUCUCCUAAUAAAGGUUUAAUGAGGACAUAAUGUUGAUGGAACAGAACAUUGUUGCAGCAUAAUCGCUCCCAGCUGCUGCGCGAGCGUGCACACAAAGGCCCCGUCCUACCGCGAUUUCCCCGUUAUUAUAACAAUGCCUUUGUGCCAGGCUGAACGUCCCCCUCCUCCCGGGGCACUGCAGCCCGCAGGUUGCCCACAGCAGGACCACCUCUGCUUGCCUGAACCUGGACCAAAGUUCCCCACCACUUACCCAAAGCCUUCCUGGGAGCUGUGCUGGGGAGACUGGGGGAGGCAGGACCACCAUCAGGACCUUUGAAUGGACAUGCAGCCCUCCAACCUGCUGGGAAGUGCUGAGGCAGGGGAUGAGCCUGGCCUUGACACUGGCACAUGCCAUCCGUCCCUGGGAAAAACUAAAUGAUGCUCUGCACUUGGUGACUCCAGCUGUGCUGUGACAAAUGUCUAACAGCACCACGAGGCCAAGGCUGGCAGUGGGCAGCACGCAUUGGGCACAGGCACAGCUGGGUGGUGCUGGCAGCACCCACUUGGCCCAGCUGCAGCAUGCGGUGCUGUGCGGGUUGCCACAGCACAAAAGGAGAGCAGGCGCUGCCGUUAAUGUAGUCAGUAAAUAAAUAAAGGAGGGCUUAAGCUUAGUGUACAGCAAUCAGUCGGGAACUACAGGAUAAUUAACGCAGCGGGGGGCCGGACGGCUCUGCAGGCAGGUUUAAAUGAACGAGUUCACUUUCAUUGAGGCAAACUUCUCUGCUCCCUGGUGAGCCACACGGGCAGGCAGCAGCACAGGCAGCGUGCUGGGGAUGCUCCCUGCCCAUGGGGACACGGACAUUCCAGGGAGGCCCCCCCCCGCCCACUGGGGUUGGUGUAGGGAUAGGACCUCCUC